CCGAACCCGGAAGCGGGCGGCGGCUGGUGUCGGUGCGCGGCGAGCGGGGCUGGGCGCAGGAUGCGAGGCGCUGCCGCCGCCCUACCCCCCUGCUCGCUCGCAGCCAGCGCCCGAGAAGGAGGAGCAGCAGUAGCGGGAGGAGCGGCAGCAGUAGUAGGAACCGCCGCUGCCGUAGCAUGAGCGGGGCCGCGGAUAAGCAGUCCACCGGCGCGGGGUCCGCCACGGAUCCCGCAGCCGCGGAGAAGGCGGUGGCAGCUGGGGACUCGGUGCCGGAGCCGCCGCCGCCGCAGCCGCUGCUGAGCGUGGACGUGACGGGUUUGGUGUCGCAGUUCGCGAGGAGCUUCGUGCUGAUCUUCCCCGUGUAUGUGCUGGGCUACCUGGGACUGAGUUUCAGCUGGGUCCUCAUCGCCCUGUGCGGGCUCUUCUGGAUCCGCAGGCACCGCGGCGGCAAGACCUCCCGGCUGGGCCGGGCGCUCGCCUUCCUGGAGGACGAGGAGGAGGCGGUGCGGCUCAGCGUCUCCUCCGCAGAUCUGCCUGCGUGGGUCCACUUUCCAGACACAGAGAGGGCAGAAUGGCUCAACAAGACUGUAAAACAGAUGUGGCCUUUUAUUUGCCAGUUUAUUGAGAAACUCUUCCGAGAGACCAUAGAACCAGCAGUAAGAGGAGCAAACAACCACCUCAGCACCUUCAGUUUUACAAAGAUUGAUAUAGGAAAUCAGCCUCUACGGAUCAAUGGUGUAAAAGUGUACACUGAAAAUGUGGACAAGAGGCAGAUCAUUUUGGAUCUUCAAAUCAGUUUUGUUGGAAAUUGUGAAAUUGACUUGGAAAUAAAGAGAUACUUCUGCAGAGCUGGUGUGAAAAGUAUACAGAUCCAUGGCACCAUGAGGGUUAUCUUGGAACCACUAAUUGGAGACAUGCCCCUAAUUGGAGCUCUAUCCCUUUUUUUCCUUAGGAAACCUCUUUUGGAAAUUAACUGGACUGGACUGACCAAUCUUCUGGAUGUUCCAGGACUGAAUGGCUUGUCAGAUACAAUAAUAUUGGAUAUAAUAUCCAACUACCUGGUCCUUCCAAACAGAAUUACUGUCCCCCUUGUCAGUGAAGUGCAGAUUGCUCAGCUGCGGUUUCCUAUACCAAAGGGUGUUCUGAGGAUACAUUUUAUUGAAGCUCAGGACUUGGAGGGGAAAGAUACUUACCUAAAAGGGAUUGUCAAAGGAAAGUCAGAUCCUUAUGGAAUCAUCCGUUUGGGCAACCAAAUUUUCCAAAGCAAGGUCAUCAAAGAAAAUCUUAAUCCCAAGUGGAAUGAAGUAUAUGAGGCCUUAGUAUAUGAACAUCCAGGACAGGAGCUAGAGAUUGAGCUCUUUGAUGAAGAUCCAGAUAAAGAUGACUUCCUGGGAAGUUUGAUUAUAGAUUUAAUUGAAGUUGAAAAGGAGCGUCUUCUAGAUGAGUGGUUUACUUUGGAUGAAGUGUCCAAAGGAAAAUUGCAUUUAAAACUGGAAUGGCUCACAUUGAUGCCAACUGCUGAAAAUCUAGACAAGGUGCUAACAAGCAUUAGAGCUGAUAAAGACCAAGCCAAUGAUGGGCUGUCUUCUGCAUUACUGAUUCUCUAUUUGGACUCCGCAAGAAACCUGCCCAGUAUCUACGAGGGAAACUUUGGGUGUGGAUACUUAAAAGAGAGGAGAGCAUCGGGACUAGUCUUUUGUGAAAACACUACCUCACUCUAUAGAGCACUAUUUUCAGGAAAGAAAAUAAACAGCAACCCCAACCCACUUGUUUUGCUGUCAGUUGGACACAAGGCACAGGAAAGUAAGAUUCGAUACAAGACCAAUGAACCAGUAUGGGAGGAAAACUUUACUUUCUUUGUACACAAUCCCAAAAGACAAGAUCUUGAAGUUGAGGUGCGGGAUGAACAGCACCAAUGUUCCUUGGGGAACUUCAAGCUGCCUCUGAGCCAGUUGCUGGAGAGUGAAGAUUUAACUAUGCAUCAGAGGUUCCACCUGAGCAACUCUGGCCCCAACAGCACUAUAAACAUGAAGAUUGCACUCAGGGUCCUUUCUCUUGAAAAGCAAGCACGAUCUCCAGAUCAUCAACACUCAGCCCAAGUAAAAAGGCCAUCCCUUUCCAAAGAUGCAAGAAAAUCAUCUUUUAAGCCUCAGGUUCCAGUCUCACCACCACCUGAUUCAAACAAACCUGUUCCAGCUUCCCCAGUGACUGAUAGUGAUAAAAAGACUGAUACAGCUGAGAAAAGUCAUCCUUCUAAUGCCAGCCCUCAGUGGCCAACAGAUCUCAGCCGAAGCUCCUCCAGUCUUCCUGCCUCUAGCUUCUCUUAUUCUCCCAGCCACCUCUCAGUCAAAGAACCCACUCCUAGCAUAGCUUCAGACGUAUCUCUGCCUAUUGCCACGCAGGAGCUACGACAAAGACUACGUCAGCUUGAAAAUGGAACAACUCUGGGGCAGUCUCCAUUAGGACAGAUUCAGCUAACAAUUCGUCAUAGUUCCCAAAGAAACAAACUGAUUGUGGUAGUGCAUUCCUGCAGAAAUCUCAUCGCGUUUUCAGAAGAAGGAUCCGAUCCAUACGUGCGAAUGUAUUUGUUGCCUGAUAAGAGACGAUCAGGAAGAAGAAAAACACACGUAUCAAAGAAGACAUUAAACCCAGUGUUUGAUCAAAUAUUUGAUUUCAGUGUUUCCCUGCCUGAAGUACAGAGAAGAACACUGGAUGUAGCAGUGAAGAACAGUGGUGGUUUCCUAUCCAAAGAUAAAGGGCUGCUUGGCAAAUUAUUAAUACCUCUGGCAUCUGAAGAGCUUGUUAAAGGCUGGACCCAGUGGUAUGAUUUAACAGAAGAUGGUACAAGGCCACAUGGUGCAAGUUAGGCCCAUGAAGCCUGGGAAUUCCCCACACAUAAUUUUGCCAACCUUUAUAUAUUUUUAAUGCAUUGUUCUCACAGAUGUAUCAAUAUUAUUUUUAUAGCUUUACUGAUUUAGUUCUUAGACACAUCCCAAAUAAUUUUAUAACACUUGGUCAUUUUAUGCAGACAUAUCAUUGUUAAACUUUGUAUUUUAAUUUGCAAAACAGUUUUGUGUUACUGUAAUGUGCAAUAGUACAGUAAAGUAACCUUUUGUGUUUAAAUUGAUCUUUAUAAUGGGCUGUACCUGUUAGAAAGUGAAAAGAUUGUUCUGCUGUUCCUGCCUUGUUUUAUAUCUCACCAAGGUAUACUGUACCAUGUAAAUAUAUCCUAUUUUUUUAUAAUUCUUUCAUGCUGGUUUGAAUUCAGAGGAAAAUUAGAUAAAGGAUAUAGAUAUUUUCUUCUAAAUGCAUGUUAAUUUCUCCAGAUCAGUCUCUUUUGUCCUUGCCGCACAAUGGUCUUAAUCAUUUUGUGAUAUUCUUCAAAAGCAAGCUGCAGAAAAACGUUUUUACUUUAUUGUGUUCCUGGCCCAGCGUGGCUAGCUUAAAAUGUACAAAAUAUUAACAUUUUAAUAUUUAUAUACAAAUGUAUUAUUGGGAAACCAUUCUAUAGAUAUUAUAAACAAAGAAGAUUAUUCUAUAAAUGCUGUAUAAAGAGAGGGUCCAUGAAUCACGGUUUAUAAGUCUGAGUUCUCAUUUAAUGGAGUAAACAUAACAAUCAGUACAGUUUUAUUAUACAGGUUCACUUGGAUUUUGCUAUUUAUUCCUGUACUCUAUAGUACUAGAGAUGACCUUUUGAAGAUGUGAGGAUGGAUUUUUCUGUCUGAUAAACAAAAUCUCUAACCACUUAGAACUGUCCUUACUGCCAUGUUUCACUUAUUUUUAAGAUAUAGAAAUCAGCUUGCAACGUAAGUUCAUAUAGUAGCCAUACCUACAACAAAUGUGUUAAUUUUAUUGUACAAUACUGUUCUAAAUAUUAUGUUGUAUCUUCUGUAAUACUAAAAUGGAACACCAGUAGGUAAGAAAGUGUGAAACUGAGUUGGAGCUGACCGUCUCUACAGUUGCUUCAUUGCUUCUGAGCAUGUUUGGUGCAUGAAAAAAUGCACUUCAGUAGUCCAUCCAGUUUUUUGAGAUAAAUGGCAUUCUAGUGAAUUGUUACAGUCUACUGCAAGAGGUAGUAGAUCAGUCCAGCAGUGAUACAGUAAGCACAGACUGAUAAAAGUACACAGUUGAGAGUUGAAGCGGGAGUAUCAGCCUCAACAGCUGAGCUCCUAACUCUCAUUUUAUGAAUUAUGGGGAACUUUUUUGUAUUCAGAACUGUUUUCUUUUUCUGGUAAGUUUUCUCAGACUGUUAUACAAAUGUGCAUUAAGAAUCCAGGAGAACAGUUCAGCUCUUUCAGAGCCACCAUCCUCAUUCUUGGAUAAGUAUGCAAUUAAACAGACAAAGUAUAUUAUUUAGCUAAGAUGUGAGAAUGAUCUCUCAGCCAAGAAAGAAUUUUAAAACAGACUAAUAAAUUCCUGAAAUUAGCUUUAUUGUAAGAUUACUGACAGAACCUUAAUUCUAGAUGUAGAAUAUGCCUACAUUACUAGAUGUACCAAAGUGCCUACCAUAGAUGUAGCUUUUUGUCUUUUUCAAGUUGAAGAAUCGACACAUUUCAGUUUGUCUACAUUCAGUUUACCAUUAACAUCUGUCAAGGAUGUGUGUGACAUGCACACAUUCAACUCUGUACAGUGAUGGACUUCUUAUUGCCACAUUUUAUACAUUACAAUUUUAGAAAACAAACCUACAUUCUAAAUUUUGCUUCUUUUACUUUCUGAUGGAAUGGGCAACAGGGAGAAUGUAAAAAAAUACUUCUAUUUGAAGGCUUUAAUCACAUUGGAAUGUAUUUUAGUAUCUAUCUAGCUAUAUAUAUACACAUGCUCAUCUCUUCAUAUAAAUUAGACUAUGAAAUAUUUUCUUUGCGAGUUCUCCAUUAGCAUAUCAAGAAUGGAAAGAAAUGAAUUUUUGUUAAUGCAAUGAAAAUGCAGAAAGCAGAAUCUGAUCUAAAUAAGUGAGAUCUAAGUGCAGCCAGUUUCCUGUAAUUGUCUUGUCUGCAAUCCUUCCCCAUUUGGGACACUUUUGCCUUAGUUCAGUCCGAGGUAGAAGGACUUCUGUUGUACAUCUUGGCCACAGACUCCCUGGAGAUUUAUCCUAAGCCAACAAAUAGGCUGUUAGACUGACUCAGUGUUUCUUGUCUUAAGUGAAGUCUGGGGACAGAUGAUAGAAGACUGCACUUGAAGAAAAAGAGGUACACAUUUUUUCUUCUAAAAUCCAGAGGGAGGGGAAAAUGCAGUAUAUGGGUAAAUGUGAGAGAGCACAAAGUGAGUAACUGUGGAAGUAUAUAGGCUAGAUUUCCAAAAUAGUUCAUGGCCUAAAAUUAGGGAUAGAUUCUUAAUAGAGCCCAAUUCCAUUUAGGAAUUGAAAAUUAAGAGAUUGAAUUGUCAUUGCAAUUACAUAACAGUAAUUGCCAUUGACUGUAAUCAGUCCCGGAUGCCAGACUCUUUACCAAAUUUUACCAAAUGCUUGCUUACUGAGCAAGUUUGGAUCAGAAUGUGACACUCUCUAGGCGAGACUGGUUCUUUUGUUAGUGGUAACAAACCUCUGUAUCAUCAUUACCAAAUUGUGACUGUUCUGUUUGUAUGGAAUUAGGAUGGACAAACAUCAUUUUUUCUUCAGGUAAAAGUUACAUUUCAUGAUCAAGUCAAUGUAUCCAGUAUCAACUGAUAGCUUUUCCUGUACUUGUUUAACCUGUGCCUUAAAAUAUGGACAUAUGAAGAUGUUUAAGAAAUGACUAAAAGAUUUGUUACCUGUAUGUACCAACACAUGUUCUCUACUAUUGAAAUGGUUUUUAGAAUUUAUUCUGCUUCACUGACAAGAAAAACAGCUUUCUUAAUUAUAGCAGUAGUAUAACCUGAACUCAAAUCAGCAUGCAUAUCACUUUGGAUUUGGAUUAAAGAAUUUUCUUUUUCUGUCUUGAAUUCUUUAUCACAUCUGCAGCAAAUGGUGACAGUCAAACUAAGAACAAAGGGGUAAUCAAUUUUGUACAGAUUGCCUUUUUUGCUCGUGUACUUCUACAUUAUGAUGCAUGUAUUUAUUCAAUAAAUGGUUCAUAUGGAA